AUAAUUGUAGACAGAGAGUUUUACCAAAGAUACAGAUCUGUGGUAGUGCACAGUCUAUGUACUUUCUAAGACCUUCGUGACAUGACGUCAUUUGUACAAAAACCUCUGACUCAUGAAUAGCUCAGCAGAGUUAGAUAACGUUUGCUAUAGCUGUACUUCUUACAAACUAAAUAGCUAAUUAUUUGUGYCUCUUUCAAAACAAGUUUUUAAAGAAGACGUGAUACCCUGACUACCAUAUGGAAGAGUGGGGAGUGAUUGGUGGUGGGGGAGUUAAACAUUUUUCCAAUGCAGUGUCUGUACUAUAAAGAGGAGGGCGUUUAUCUUCAGGAGAAAGGGCAAGUGAAGGAAUUCAUCCCAGUCAUCUCUUCUGUUCCCAACAUGGCUAACAUCAAAGAGAGAGACAAGUCAAAUACUAACUGCAUUUGAGAUGUUAUCCUUGCAUACAUUUUUCACACCUUARUGUGGCCCUGAAACGUUGUCCUCCUAAAAGUAGAGGAUGAGAUUAUAUGUCUCCUGUGCAGCCUACAUAAGGAUGAUGAAGAAUCACGAAGAAGAUGAGUUUGUUGCAGUGCGCGUCCAAGACCCUCGGGUUCAGAAUGAAGGCUCUUGGAACUCGUACGUGGACUUCAAGAUAUUCCUUCACACCAACAGCAAGUCCUUCACUGCCAAGACGUCCUGUGUGCGCCGGCGCUACAGUGAGUUUGUCUGGCUCAAGAAGAGGAUGCAGAAAAACACUGGCUUGGUACCUGUCCCAGACCUGCCCAACAAGUCCUUCUUCUCCUUCAGUGGUGAGGACUUCCUGGAGAAGAGGAGGAAAGGCCUGCAGUCCUUCCUGGACAAAGUGUGCAGCAUGACAGUGUGUCUGUCAGACAGCCAGCUCCACCUCUUCCUGCAAACCCAACUGCCGGUUGGUCACAUCCUAGACUGUGUGCAGGGCCACACCCCCUACACUGUGACAGAGGCCAUCCUCACCUAUGCCUCGUCCAAUCAGGGCUGGGUUCAGGAAGAGGACUCGACCCAGGAGCCUAGUCUUACUCCAGUUCCUUAUGAGUCCAUGGAGAGCCCUGCUCCUCAUCUACCUACCCUGCAAUGUCAAAAGCCCCUGAGCCCWGUGAACCUCGCCUCCAGUGAGCCAGAGGGCCUACGGACUGAGAAGUUCCUAGCUGACGCCGAAGACAUAGACACUGUGGAGACCCCAGAGGUCACCCAGGAGGACCGCAAUGUAGUCCAGGCAGAGGCCAUCCUGGAGAUACAAAGCCCAGUGGAGACUAUCUUUAAGUGGGACAGCCAUGAAGAAUCUACUCCAGAGAGGCUCGACCAUGAGGCGAUGAUCCACCACCAAGGGGAUUGUCAACUGCAGACACCUGUGGAAGUGCACUGUGAAAAGGACACAGGCUUGGAGGUGGAGUGUGUAGUGGAGGUGACAACUGAGAGGGUCAUUGAGGAGGUGAGCCAUGCUGACAUAACUACAGAGACAAUCCCUCCCAAACAGAGUAGCCUAGACCCAGAUAGCCACGAGGAACUGAUCCACCAAGGGGAAUGUAAACAGCAGACACCUGAGGAAGAGGCCACAGGCCUGGGGAAGGAGUGUGUAUCAGAAGAGGCCAAUACUGACACGACUACAGAGACAAUCCCUCCCACACAGCGUAGCCCAGAGCUAGACAUCCAUGAGGAAACUCCUCGAGAUAGCCUAAGGGAGACAGUUCUAGAGGACCUUAGCCUUGCGGAGGAAGCUCAAGAAAGCCUCAGUCAUGAGAAGACAACCUCGGAAGGGGACAGCAACAAAGACACAGUAACAGCCAUUGAGCUGGACAGCCAAGGGCACAUGGAUGAGAUUAAAUCCCAUAUAGAGAUCAGCCUAGAGGAAGAGUGUCAUGAGAUCACAUCAGAAGAGGUGGAACGUGUUGAUGACUCCACCCAAAAGGUAGAAAGUGGAGAUGAGACACCCCAGAAGAAGAAGGCUCCCUUGGACAUUCAACAAGUAGAUGAUCAGCUGGAAACUACCCAAGAGGUUGAGAUUGAUGAGGAAAUGAAUGGAAAGGAUGGGGAGAGUCUUGGGGAUGGGGCAACAACAUCUGAUGGGAGUAGCCAUAAGGAGAGCGACAACAAGGAUUCUGCCAAUAACGACAAUGCAAUACAAGAGACGAAUGGCUACARGGAGACAGCUCCCGAGAAGGAAAAUCACCAAACAGACUGCACAGAGGCAGAAAAGGCCUGCAACAACCCAGACACUGUAAUUCCCGAAACUAACCGAGGUCCCUCACAUGAUGAAAUCACACCUGAGGUACCCAAUGCUCAGGGGACCAAUGGUGUCAAAGUUAGAGAGGACAGGGAUAUUUUGUACAUGGUCAACAGUUGCUCUGCGAAAACCCUAGACAAUGAAUCUUCAGAGCUAGUGGGUGAUGGAGUUGAGAUAAAGGACAUGAGAAUCCAAGAGAGCAGUCAUCUGGAGUCUGAGGGCCACUGUAUGGAGCAGGACAUCUCAUUAGCCCAGGAGGGUAAUACUGAGGCCUCAGAAGUGAGCCAGGAAUGGGAAGCCCAUGGCUUCACUGCUGCUACAAACCAYACUGUGAGCCCAGAGAUGGAGCCCUAGAUAUUAGGCUGCUGCAUGCACUCUGAACCUGAACAAUGGAUAGUGGGAUGUCUUCUGCCAAAGACAUAACCAGUCUCUCACUCACCCUGCACGCCUAUUCUCACACUCCAGCUGAGCUCUGCUUUGCUUGCGUUGAUGAACUUCCACUGUUGGGCAGCAGAGAGUGCUCAAAGUCACAGUAAUACCUGAGUCUAUGGGUGAGAACCUCCCCAAGCUGACAAGCCCAGUGUAUCACGCUUCGUAUUUAAACAUUGACUCUCGUCAAGUCUGGCACUUUCAUGUGUUCCUCUGUAUACCCUGUGAACUUGGGCCUAUAAGGGUAUUAGUCCAUUUUACUCAACCGGCUGUAGUGCCCCAAUGGCAUUAAUGUGACAAUUAUUUUGUCCGUUAAUCCACAUGCCUUAACGCUGUAUGCUUGACUAUGAGGGGCGAAUGUGUCCCAACCUGCCCCAAGUCCCUCUGAUGCAWGUGCCCGUCUGAACACCUGCCUUGAUGAAGCAAAACUUCCUUCAACUGAACAGCAGCAAAACCGAGGCCCUGCUUGUUGGCACCCACUAUCAGGUCCAGACUCACCAAUAACACCCCUCACCAUAGCAGGACAGAACACGCCUCUCUCCCCCUGAGUUUCCAGUCUGGGUGUAAAGCUUGAUUCCUCCCUGACCUUUGACAGCCACAUCAAACAACCGCGUAAAGCGUCAUUCUAUCUCCUCAAGGCUGGACUACCUCAACACACUCUUCAUCGGGAACCCAGGCAGGAGUCUCCAGAAGCUCCACUACAUCCAGAACAGAGUUUCCAGGAUCGAAAACGCCAUCACAUCAACCCCAUCCCGGCAUCUCUGCACUGGCUCCCCGUCUCAUUACGGAUUGAAUUCAAAACCCUCCUGCGGACAUUCCAGUCAGUGUGUUCAUGGCAAUGCCCCUCCUUAUCUAAAAUAACUACUCUCCCUCCAUAACCUCACCUGCACCCUUAGGACAAGCGACUCCACGCACCCAGGACCAAGCUCAGCUCCUUGGGGGAUCAGACUUUCAGCUCGACCGCCCCCAGCCUCUGGAAUGCCCUCCCGGACCACCUGAAGGCARCACAGACUCUGGGCUCCUUUUAAAUGGGCCUAAAGACCUUUCUCUUUAGGAAGACUUUUAAAUAAAAUUUUAUUUGUCACAUGGUUCGUUAACAACAAGUGUAGACUAACAGUGAAAUGCUUACUUACGGGUCCUUUUCCAACAAUGCAAAGUUAGAUAAAGAAAGCUGGGCUUGUCCUUGUCCCUUGUAGCGUCAGCUGUGUUCUUUGUGUCAGUUGCCCGGUCUAGUUGUCCCAAAAAACGUUUUUAUAUUUGUUUUAAAAUUUAUUUGAUGCACUUUGAGAUUAUUCUGUAUAAUGAAAAGUGCUUUACAAAUGUAAUUUAUUAUUAUUGUGUGAUCCAUAACUGUUGCAGUUAAGUCGUGAUCAUGAAUUUGGAGUCCGUGAAAGUUUUGCAAGACACAACUUAUCUUGCAAUCAACUUUGACUGCGUUUAAUUAAUAACUUACAGCAAAAAAUGUCAUCCUGCAUGCAUUCCCGUUGCUGUUGUGGGUGGUUUCUUGGUUCAACUUGAAUAAACAGGGAUGAGGGUCGUUCCACCUCAAAAAGCACAAGUAAGAGGAUUUCGACACCCACCAUCUCAGAUUGUGCCGUAAUCGUUUAUGUAGUUAGAAACGGAUAAGAUUAGCGUUCCUGAAACAUUAUUUUGUUUAAAUAUAAUUUGAUAUCUGAGAAAUUAAAGGCCCAAUGCAGUCGU